CACUAUAUAACCCAGCAUGCUCUGUGUCACAGUUUUAGCAUGCCCUAACAACAAAAUUGUGGCAUUGCAGCUGCAGUGCUACAAGUUGCCCACCCCUGGUAUAACCUGAAGCUCUCUUUAUGUGACUGUCACUUCUCACAGUGUCUUACCAAUCAGAAGCUCUCCAGCCCAAUAAGCUACAAUUGGCAGAUACUGGACCUUGUGGUCUACAACAGCUGGAGAGCCACAGGGUUUAUAUAUGCUCUCUUGGAUUAGCAGCUCGCAAUGUCGAAGCGUGAGGCAUUCUUAAAGGCAACGGAGAAGGGUUCAGUAGAACAUUUUCUGAAUUUCAUUCAGCUUCAUAAAGACCCAUCAGAUCCUUUUGAUCUGGUUGAACUAUUGCAAGAGUUACCAAGGAAACAGGAAGAGGAAUUAUGGCAGAAGAUGAAAACCUUACUCACAGACACUUUGGUGGCUAAUCCAGUGGAAGAGUGGAAUAAAAUAGUUGAUGACAGUGAUGAUGAUAUGGAAGUGGAGGGAUCUUCUGACAUGAAGCAUACAAUGGAUGUUCUACACGGAGUGACCAUUGUAGCAACAGUUUCCGUGUCUGUCGUAGAUGGCGACAUAAGUUAUGGAGCGCUACUGGAAUGUGCUGCUAUUCUCAACGAGAUUUUGGAAGCUUUGCCCACGUCUGAGUCCCGUUUGCAUCUUGCCAUCAUGCGCCUGUGUGAAGCCUGGUGGGAGAAGGGCUUAGAAAGAAAGGAAAUAUUUGGGAAAACUGCAUUUGUGUUGCUGCUGGUAAAAUCGCUUGAAGCAAAGCCUGUGGUUGCGGACAUUACGCGUUUGUGGAAACUACAUCCAAUUCUCCUCACGAUUGAUUACAACUCUGCUGAGAGUAAUGAAGUAAAGAAUCUGUUACUCCGAUGCUUUAUGAGUGAUAACCACAUCAAGAGAGAAGAGGGCCGACGAUUUCUUAGUUUUCUCUUCAGCUGGGAUGUCGACUUUAUUAAAGUGAUCCAUGAAACAAUUAAAAAUCAGCUGCAGCAUUUACAAAAGUCACUGAUAAAUCACGUCGCCGACAUUUAUUUCAGAGCAUGGAAAAAAGCUUCUGGAGAAAUUUUAACGACCAUUGAACACACCUGUAUCCAGGACUUAAUGCACCAUGGUGUUUAUUUGCCCAAGAAGUCUCCGGUGCACUUCAAAGUGAAAAAGGUGCUAAGCUACUUUCACCAGCAGAAGCUGCGGCAGGGGGUGGAGGCGAUGCUGUACAGACUGUACCAGCCUAUUAUCUGGAGAGGAUUAAAGGCUGGAAAUUCAGAGGUUCGUUCCAAUGCUGCAGUGCUGUUUGUUGAAGCAUUUCCUAUACAAGAACCCAAUAUGAAUCAGAAGGACAGUGAUAAUAAUAUUCAGAAACAGUUUUUUGUGCUUUUUAAUAUUUUAGACGAUUCUCAUCCUCAUGUGCGGGCUACUGGAGUUCUUGGGGCCUGUAAAAUUACUGCUAAAUACUGGGAGGUGAUUCCGCCAUCUGUCCUGGCAGAUCUUAUGAAAAGAAUCCUUGGUGAUCUUGCUGCUGAUGUUAGUUCCGCUGAUGUGCGCUGUUCUGUUUUCAAGAGCCUGACCAUCCUUUUGGAGAACAAGUUAAGUCAUCCAUUAUUAGAACAGAUGCUGCCAACGCUGAAGAACAGUCUCCACGAUAAUUCAGAGAAGGUUCGCGUGGCAUUUGUUGACAUGCUCCUUAAGAUGAAGGCUGUCCGAGCUGCAAAGUUUUGGAAGAUGUGCCCAAUGGAACACAUUUUAGCUCGUCUUGAAAUAGAUUCACGCCCCGUCUGUCGCCGUCUUGUCAAUCUCAUGUUUAAUUCCUUCUUUCCUGUUAAUCAACCAGAAGAAAUCUGGUGUGAGCGGUGCAUAUCUCUAGUACAAAUGAAUCCAGGAGCUGCGCGUAGGUUUUAUCAAUACGCCUCUGAGCACACAGCACCUACAAACAUCGUUAAACUAAUGCUCACUAUAAGGCGCUGUUUAAAUGCCUGCUUGCAGAAAACCAUUAAUAGUGAAGAUGAAGAGAAUGUGGAAGAUCGUGAAAAGAAUAAGAGCGUGUUGGAGAAUGUGCUGUCUACAGAAGACGCUGCAUCUAUAGCGAGUUUACUGGAAAUUGUAGUCAUUUUAUGGCGCAGUAUCAGAAAUGCUCUCAAUAAUAAUGAUGAGGCUAAAAAGUUCACUAUAAGCAAAUUUGCUGUUGCGCUGCCUGGUUAUUUUAGAAUGUUUAAGGAUGAUCGCUGCACUGUUCCAUUAAUAAUCUUGGCUUCGUUUAUGCCUCCAACUGCCGUUCCUACAUUCAGCUGUUCUGUUUUGUCCAAGCUGAGGCACUUGAACAUUGGGGCUGAGGAAAACAAAUAUUCUACACUCAUUGACUGCUUGUGUCGUUGGGGGCAAGUGGGCCACAUACUGGAGCUGAUAACCGAUUGGCUGUCAGAAGCUUUCUCAGAGAAAACGGAUCAAAAAAGGGGCUCUAUGCGUAAAGUGCGCAUCCAGGAUACAAUGGAGUGUAAACCUGAGUUAGCGCUGAACUAUAUGGAAUAUAUUCUGACCCACACCCUGAAUCGAGGUCACCUCUUCUCUGCACCACCUAAGAAAUUGAAUAAUCUAUUAAGUCUCCUGGGACUUGUGAAAGAGAUGCUAUCCUCGUAUAUGAAGCCACCUGAAAAUGCAACAAACAAAAUCAAUCAAGAAUCUUCCCUGAGGGCCUUUAGCCUUUAUUGCAGGCUUGGUAUCCACCUACAAAACAAGUUUGGCUCAGAAGGAAGAACAUAUUUGUCGGUUGUGGAAGACACCGGGGGAUGGAUUGAAAGCCAAAUUCUUGCAUUUCUUGCAAGUAAUCAAGUUCUCUCAGAGCAGCAGAGUGAUAUAGCUCAAGAAAUACUUAAGACCUAUCUGACAGUUUGUAAGGAUGUGGUAAUGGUUGGCCUUGGUGACUCAGAAUUUCAAGCGCAGAUUCUCCAAAUUCUCAUCACAAUAAUAGAAAUUGAGCAGUGCUAUGGCUGCUUGCCACUGCUGAUCUCUGUACUGAAUGAGAUAACAGAAGUGUGUUUGGCGCAGAAGCUGAGUAAUGCCGGUGCAAAUUUGGACAGAUACCUUGAAGGUAUUCAAACAAUCUUCCACAAAAUGUUAGAGGCUGCAGCUCGCAGGCUGAGGAAUCAGCGGGAGGAAGGGCUCCAGCUGCUUCUGACCAUUAAAGAGCCUGUUAGUCGGUUCAUACACAUCGUUCAGUGCUGGCACACUGCAUCUUCCGAGGUCCAUCGGGGAAUACUCUCCACAAUCCUGGCUGCAGUGGUGGUAGAAAUAAGCCACGCAUUACGCAAAAUUUCAGAUCUAAGCGAGAUUGCGCCUCCAGCAUCUGUGUCAGACCUGCCUCCAGUUUCGAGCUGUUUAAUGUCUAUUCUUAUAAAGACACCCACUGUAUUAAAUUCAUUUUUAGGGGAAAUGGCUGAUUGCAUCAGUAAAGAAGACAUUGAAGGAAUAUUAUGCUUGACUGCAUCAUUACAUGUCAUUCUGGCCAGCUGUAAAGGCAAAACAAUGUCUCCUGCCGCUAAAGACAUCGCAUCAACGAUACAUAGGAAGCUGAAACAAUACCGUGAAAUCACAAUGGAAGAUGAUGACAACAUAGAGAGAGCUGUAUAUGAAUCAUCAAUGAGAACUUUAGAUCUGCUCCUGCUGCCAUAAAUUCAACACCAGAAAUUCGGCACACUUUUAUAUUACUGAGAGAAUGUACAGAUUUGUUAAAUAUGACAUUUUUUUUUCCAUUACUUUUUAUGAUAUGUAAUGACAUUGAAUCAGGCUCAUCAAAAUCAUCAAACUUGUGUAUAUUUGCUUGGUAAGCUUUUUCUUGUGUAUAAAUAUAAUGUAUAUUGAUUAAAUAUAGAGAUGUA